AUGGAGGAGGUAUCAUCAUCAAAAGGCUCGAAAGUGCAGGACAUGGAUCCAAAAAAGAAAGCGGAAAUGAUCAGCACAGAGCGUAUCCUUACUCAGGGUUCACAUGUUGGUAGAACGAAUCGCGAGCUAGCAAAGAAGAAGGUGUUCAGUAUGGUCAAAGCUAAGGUUGUUGUUUCUUUCAGAGAGUAUCUUGCACCCAAAAUUAAAAUUUUACAGGUCAGAGGAAAGAAUCGACAACGUUCGUUCCGCGAUCAACAGAAGAGUUUGAGAAAUUACUUGCUGAGACAAAGCGGUCGAAAACCGCAGUAG